GCCCUGAUUUAGGCAUUUUGGGGAUUCUCAUGACAAGUGCUAUGUUAGUAUUGCAUCAGUAAGUCAAUGAACUCUUAUUGACCAUUGACUCUCAGGACUUUGUUAUUUGCUGAGACUAUGAAGAUGAAAAGCGAAAAUACCUGUCCUCAAAAAGCUUACAGAACCAUUUUCCAACACCCAGCAUGUUCAUUCCCAGGCAUACAGGAAGAGCUCACUCAACACUACCUGCCAGCUGUGUGCUACUCGGAAGGAGUCAAGACUGAGAACAACGAUCAUAUUAAUUUGAAGGUGGCGGGGCAGGAUGGUUCUGUGGUGCAGUUUAAGAUUAAGAGGCAUACACCACUUAGUAAACUAAUGAAAGCCUAUUGUGAACGACAGUUGGAAAUGGAGGAUGAAGAUACCAUUGAUGUGUUCCAGCAGCAGACGGGAGGGGUCUACUAAAAAGGGAGCCUGCUGCUGUACUCCAGACUCUGUUCCUCCAGACCAAGAAGACAUUCUCAAUUAGAAAACUGCAAUUUGGUUUCAACACAUCUGACUACUACAGUAUAGUUUUCUCUAUUCUUUCAUUUUCCCCUCCCCCAUUCUUUUAUUGUACAUAAAGUAACGGAUGUAUGUGCACAAGCAUUUGCAUUUUUUUUUUUUAACUAAAUGGCCAAUGGUAUGUUUUGAUCUACAUCAAAUGGAGAUGGGAUGGGGAAAAAAUACUGGUUCUGUGAAAACACCCCCUUUCUCCAUUAGUGGCAUGCUCAUCCAGCUCUUAUCUUUAUAUUCCAGUAAGUUAUUUUGCUCUCACUGUUUAACAAAAAAAGAACAACAUAAAAAUUCUUGCAUACCUUGUUUGAUUGGAGAAUUUUAAUGUUUUUCAUUUAUCAUUGUAAAACCAAGGACAAUUUUAUAACUUUUUUGUACGUAGCUGUUACAUGUAGGGCAAUCUGUCUUUAAGUAGGGAUAAAUUACUCUAAAAAAAUGAAUCCUAGAUAGUUUUCCCUUCAAGUCAAGUGUCUUGUUGUUUAAAUAAACUUCUUGUUUAAAAUGA